UUUUAUUUUUAUUUUUUGCACCCGCGGUCACUAGAGGAAACGGUCUGCCAAGGACGAGUCCAAAUAAUGCACGCUGGUAGAGGAAGGGAGGUGAUCAUGCAGAUUGAUACAUCCCCCCAACGCGCCUCAAACUCAUUCAUGUCUCUACCGGGAAGCGUUAUUAGAAGUGGCUUGCGUAACGGUCAGGUAACAAUUAAAACCCGUUUAAGUGUUUAGUUUAGUAAAUAAUCGCCCCUUCACCACAAGGGAGUAGCCCGUUGCUACCAGCAGCAUCAAACAUUGUAUCGUGCACUCCUGUCGAAAGUUUUUGCUCCACAUCUACCAGCAAAUGAUCUUCGCACGAAAACGCUUUUGUUUGCAUCAAUCGAUCGUGCCCCGUACGCACCAGUUUACGUUCGAUUCAUUCAUAUUUUUUGCUGCUCAACUCCUCCUUCAACUAAUUGCUCCAUCGAUUUACCAGCACAAUGACAGGCGAACAUCGCAUGCACUAACCUCGCCGAAUUGUGAACACGGUAGCGUGUUGCUCUGUGGCGCGCGCGCGCCCGUACGUCAAAUCAAAACCACCGACACGUUCCGGUAGCGGUAGGGCGCGUGCCACUGCCACCCGUUCGCGCUACAACCAAUUUCGCACAUCGCCCAACGGUCGAGUGCACGCGCGUAGUCGUUCUGUAGUGCAUGCCACCCCGUACGUUCUGUGUACUAGGGGACGCGAGCCGAACGAUCGACCGACACACACACACACACACACACGAUCAACCUUCCGAUCGCGCGCCCCGAACGGAAGGAGCCGAACGGUGGUUCGUCGGUUUGCUUUGCUGAGGGGUUUGAUAAUCCGGCCGCGAAUGGGGCCGCCGCUGUAGAUGCAUUCGAUAUGCCCGCGAUCGCAUCAAACACACACACGGGGUGGGAAGGCUAGGUAGCGAGAACCGGCCAGUACGCUUCAUAUAUAAGAGCGCGCGCCAAUGGACGAAGGAAUUUAGUUUGAGCCUGACCGCUUCAAACGUUGCGCAGCAAGCAGCAGUGCGUGUGUGUGUGUAUGUGUGUGCGAGAGAAAGAGUGCGUGUGCGUGCGUGUGUUUGUGUGCAUCUCGUAUACACUUCUUUGCACUCAGUGUCCAUUAUAGUUGGCAGCAGCCCGCAGGUGCAACGGAACCGCACACAGCAUCCUUUCGCCCCACGUGCCCGUGUGUUGCGUGAUAUUUGGAGCAGCUCAGCGAGAGUCAGGCGCCUCCACCAAGGAACAGUGUGACCAGGAACAGAUACAGCAGGUUGAUCAUCCACAUCAUCAGUGCUACGCGAAAGCAAAUAAAACACACAAAAUGCCCGCCAACGGUGUGUGUAGUGUUGGGCUGGAGGUGAUCGAGGACAAUGCCACCUAUGCCAGCGGCUCGGACAGUGCCGGCGUGUCGGAGGACGAGGACGUGCAGCAGCUGUUUGUCAGCGGUGCCGAUCGGGUGACCAGUGUGCUGCCCAAGAAGUCGGACAUCCGCAAAGCCUCCCAGGUGGACGAGCAGGCAGCAGCAGCAGCAGCAGCAGUGUCGGAGAAGCGGUACGCCAGCCUGCCGAACCGCGAGCAGCAUCAGCAGUUUCUGACGCAGUUCCUGACCGAGGUGCUCAACUCGGCCGUGUUCAAUGCGACCGACCGGGCGAACAAGGUGCUGAACUGGGUCGAUCCGGAGGAGCUGCAGCGGACGCUCGAUCUCGCGCUCAAGGACGAGCCGGACACGCACGAGAAGCUGCUGGAGCUGACGCGCGCCACCAUUCGCCAUUCGGUCAAGACGGGCCAUCCGUACUUUAUGAAUCAGCUGUUCUCGUCGGUCGAUCCGUACGGGUUUGCGGGCCAGGUGCUGACCGAUGCGCUCAACCCGAGCGUCUACACGUACGAGGUGUCGCCCGUGUUUGUGCUGAUGGAGGAGGUGGUGCUGCGGGAAAUGCGCACGAUCGUCGGCUAUCCGGAUGGCGAGGGCGAUGGAAUUUUCGCGCCCGGCGGCUCGAUGGCCAACGGGUACGCAAUUAGCUGCGCUCGCCACAAGUUCAUGCCCGACAUUAAGACGAAAGGAUUGCAUGCUCUUCCCCGAUUGGUGAUCUUCACCUCGGAAGACGCACAUUACUCCGUGAAGAAGCUGGCGUCGUUCAUGGGUAUCGGUUCAGACAACGUCUACGCUAUCAAGACCGACAACGUAGGCAAAAUUCGUGUCGAGCAUUUGGAAAGUGAAAUCCUCCGUGCCAAAUCCGAGGGAGCGCUCCCGUUCAUGGUGUCGGCCACGGCAGGCACCACCGUAAUUGGUGCGUUCGAUCCACUGGAGCAGAUUGCCGACCUGUGCGCCAAGUACAAUCUCUGGAUGCACGUGGAUGCGGCCUGGGGCGGCGGUGCACUGAUGUCCAAGAAGUAUCGUACCCUGCUGAAGGGAAUCGAAAGAUCCGAUUCAGUGACCUGGAAUCCGCACAAGCUGCUGGCCGCACCGCAGCAGUGCUCCACGCUGCUGACCCGCCACCGCAACAUCCUGGCCGAGGCGCACUCGACCAACGCGACGUACCUGUUCCAGAAGGACAAGUUCUACGACACGCGGUACGACACCGGCGAUAAGCACAUCCAGUGCGGCCGGCGGGCCGAUGUGCUCAAGUUUUGGUUCAUGUGGCGGGCCAAGGGUACGGCCGGGUUCGAGGCCCACAUCGACAAGGUGUUCGAGAACGCGGAACACUUUACCAGCAGUAUUAAGGCUCGGCCCGGUUUCGAGAUGGUGAUCGAGCAGCCGGAGUGCACCAACGUCUGCUUCUGGUACGUGCCGCCGGGGCUGCGCGGGGUGCCGCGCGACUCGGCCGAGUACCGGGACCGGCUGCACAAGGUCGCACCGAAGGUGAAGGAGCGCAUGAUGAAGGACGGCUCGAUGAUGAUCACGUACCAGCCGAUCCACGACAAGCCGAACUUUUUCCGGCUGGUGCUGCAGAACUCGUCGCUCGACAAGUCGGACAUGAACUACAUCAUCGACGAGAUUGAGCGAUUGGGCAAGGAUUUGUAGGGCCGCGGGUGUGUGGUGUGUGUGUGUCCGUGCUCGGGCGAAUUCCUUGUUGUUUUUUUUUUCUCUCCCCCCUGUUGCUUAACUUAUUUUCCACCCCGUUUCUUUAUCGCGUACAGAUGUAUUUAUUGAAAGCAUUCGUUUACUAGCUAGAAGCUAGGAGGGUAAAAUUUACAAAAAAAGGAAGGCAAAACACAAACGAAUUGAAUGUAACGGUCACCUCACUUCCGAAAUGGUGCAAGAAUUUGAACGGGAGAAGGCAACACAAAACAAAACAAAAAUACAUCGCAAGGUGCACCCUGGUAGAGGAGAUACGGUGGAUGCGAUAGUGGAUAGUGAAGAGACACGGUACAAGUGGAAUAGCAUGCACGUCCAUAAUGGGGGUGAUGUUGUUCGCUUAAGAUUACUUAUUUGUGCUAGAAGUGUAAGCAUGUUCCAAUAUAUAUGACUAUUUUUAUCAA